CGUUGUUUUGGGUGUUUAUGUUGUUCAACUACUAUACUAUUCUUGUUUUGUUCAACUAUACUCCGACUAAUCAUCCUAUGUAUCAAUGGUGCCUAUUUCCUCAUUAAGAUUGCAUAACCAUUCAUGGUUCUCAUGUUACUGAUGCACAGUGAAGUUGUCCAUGAGCGUACGUCCAAGAGAUGAGCAUCAAAGGUGAGGAACCUCCCCCUCAGUAUAUUGUUAAAGAAAGCAAGUUUGGAGCUAUAGAGUCUUCCCCAGAAUUGGGUCAAAUCCCCAUCAUUGAUGUCAGUCUCUUCUCCCCAUCAUCAAUUGAUUCUAAGCAAGCGAAGAUCGAACUAGACAAACUUAGAACAGCUCUCACCUCAUCAGGCUGCUUUCAGGCAAUUGGUCAUGGGAUAUCAAGUUCCUUUCUGGACAAGGUACGCAAAGCUGCGACACAAUUCUUUGAACUUCCAGUGGAAGAGAAGCAAAAGUACUCCAGAGAAAUUUAUGGUGGCCGUGAAGGAUAUGGGGAGGAUAUCAUUGUCUCAGAGAAGCAAGUUCUUGAUUGGUCCUACCGCCUAAUUCUUCAUGUAUUCCCUGAAGAUCAUAGAAGGCUCGAUCUCUGGCCAGAAAAUCCAAAUGGUUUUGGAGAGGUUGUACAUGAAUAUGCAACAAAGGUAAAGUUCAUGAUGGGUGUUCUUUUUAAGGCCAUGGCGAAAUCGUUGAAUUUGGAAGAGGACAGCUUUUCAGAUAAGCUGCUUGGAGAGAGAGCUCUGAUGCAAGCAAGAUUCAACUUCUAUCCGCCGUGUUCAAGAUCCGAUCAGGUUCUUGGUGUGAAGCCACAUACAGAUAGGUCAGGAGUGACAGUUCUGUUGCAAGACAAAGAAGUUGAAGGUCUUCAAGUUUUGGUAGAUGACAAAUGGGUUAGAGUCCCCAUCGUGCCUCAUGCUAUAGUUGUUAAUCUUGGUGAUCAAAUGCAGAUUAUGAGUAAUGGUGUAUUCAAGAGCCCAAUGCACAGGGUGGUGACAAAUCCAGAAAGGAUGAGGCUAUCUGUGGCCUUGUUUAAUGAACCAGAUCCUGAAACUGAGAUUAGUCCAGUGGAGAAACUGAUAGAUGAGACAAGGCCAAGAGUAUACAAAAAUGUCAAGAAUUAUGGUCGCAUCAACUACGAAUGCUAUCAGAGAGGAGAAAUAGCACUCGAAACAGUGAAGAUCUAAAUUUCACUUCUCUGUACCUUUAUCAUCUAGAAAUAAAUUGUGUAAACACCAUGGAACUUUUCAAAUGAGUCAAACCCCUGUGAUCAUAAUCACAGGCUAUUAAAUAAGAGUGAGUCACCAUGGGGGUAGGAGUGAAAUCAUUUGAUCUUCUUUUUAAAAAGGAAAGAAAAAAAAAAAAAAAAGUGAGUGAAACAUUAUCCUAAUUUCUUCAAGCCAAUAAAUUACCUUUUUUUUACUGCAUCAAGAGCACUAACCUUUUUCACUGCUGGCUCAACAAGCAUGCAUGGCACAUAUACAUACCUUUGUUUUUUCUGUUUGUAGUCUCUGUGCAGUUGACUCUUGAAUAUUCCAUAACUCAUCAUCUGCAGAAACCUAUAUGAAGUCCAACC